AUUAGUAGUUAGUUUCGUUUUUCUUUCUUUCUCUCUUUGGUUGUUUUGUUUGAAUUUUCAGAUAGUCAGCGUGCCAAUUCACAAAUACAAAACAAAAAACAAAAACAAAAAAUGGAAAGUAAAGAUGCAGCGGUUGAAAGUUUAUUGGUUAACCGGAGCUAUGGGGGGUCAGGUUCACCGGCGACUGGCGUGGUUGUGUUGAGCACUUUGGUGGCUGUUUGUGGAUCCUACGUUUAUGGUUCUGCUGUUGGCUUUUCAUCUCCUGCCCAGUGUGGAAUGAUGGAUGACCUUGGCCUAUCCUUAGAAGAGUACUCAGUUUUUGGAUCAAUAUUGACGAUUGGAGCAAUGGUAGGUGCAGUUAUGAGUGGGAAGAUUGCUGAUCGAUUAGGAAGAAGAGGGAGCAUGGCGCUGUCCCAAGUCUUCUGUUUCCUAGGGUGGAUAGCAAUUUUAUAUUCAGAGGUUUCUUGGUUACUUGAUGCUGGAAGGUUGCUGAUAGGAUAUGGAAUCGGGGUUAUCUCUUAUGUGGUACCAGUCUAUAUAGCAGAAAUAACACCUAAAAACCUCCGUGGAGCAUUUACCACUGUUAACCAGUUGAUGAUCGCUAUCGGCAUAUCAGUUAUGUGGCUUGUUGGAAUUGUUAUUCCUUGGCACACAUUAGCUUUUAUUGGGGCCAUUCCAUGUUUACUACAGCUUCUAGGCCUGUUCUUCAUUCCCGAGUCCCCAAGAUGGUUGGCUAAAAAGGGUCGAUGGAAAGAUUGUGAGUAUUCUCUACAACAACUGAGAGGAAAGUUUUCAGAGAUCUCGGAAGAAGCUGCAGAAAUUAGAGACAAUAUAGAAACACAUAAUCAGCUGUCAGAAGCCAGAGUUUUUGAUAUAUUCCAACAGCAAUAUGCCAAAUCUCUCAUUGUCGGAGUUGGACUUAUGGUAUUCCAACAAUUUGGAGGUGUGAACGCUAUUGCAUUUUAUGCGAAUUCCAUCUUUACUUCUGCUGGAUUUUCAAGUAGCAUUGGAUCGAUAGCGUUGGUUAUAGUUCAGAUUCCAUGUACUAUAUUAGGUGUACUUUUGAUGGAUGUAUCAGGUAGACGGCCACUACUGAUGAUGUCUGCAGCUGGAACGUGCUUAGGUUGUUUGCUAUUGGGGACUUCAUUCUUGCUACAGGACCUUCAGCUGUAUGAAGGCUUAAGUCCUUUUUUGGCACUUGUUGGGGUACUGGUAUUCAAGGGAUUCUAUUCUUUGGGCAUGGGAGGGAUCCCAUGGGUCAUCAUGUCAGAGAUCUUUCCUAUGAAUAUUAAGAGUUCUGCUGGAAGUCUUGUGACAGUAGUUAACUGGUUUGGUUCUUGGGUGGUUUCAUAUUCUUUCAACUUCCUGAUGGUGUACAGCACUGAAGGAACCUUUUUCAUGUUUUCAAGCAUUUGCUGCCUAACUGUUCUGUUCGUUGCGAAAGUAGUUCCAGAAACGAAGGGCCGGACUCUAGAAGAAAUACACGCAUCUAUGAACUUGUUGACAGUGAGUACAAGGUAGUUCUGAGUGAGGACUAGACCCGUACCUUUUUAUCUUAGUUGAAAGCAAAUUGUAUCAAGUGUUCAGUUUCAGUAUAUUAUGUACAUAGAUAGAUGGAUACAUAUGUAUUUAUAAGCACAAGCUAGACUUCUAUAAAUGAUAAUCCAAUAUCCAAGAACACCCACGACACCAUAAAGCAUGAGUUCGUGGUGAUACAUGGACAACAGUGGUAGUAUACAUAGGUCACUUCAUUA